AGAGAGAGGGAGAGAGAGAGAGAAAGAGGCGGACGCUGGAGAGUCAAGGGGAAUAUAAAGAGCACGCGGAAAGCAAGUCAGACUAAACUCGAAGAAGCAAGCGACAGAGCACACAGGAGGCUGAAGUCAGAGUCCGGACCGCCUGUUCAUACUUCAUAAAUACGUGUGUCAUUCUAUUACCCCCCUCCGUGUGGAAAAGUGGACUAAUCUCUGGGUGUGCUGGUGGAGGCCCCAGUGAAGGAGGGAUAGAGGAUAAGUGUAUAAAAGAAGAGCGAAAGUGUCUGACUGACUGACGUGGUGACCGAGGAUGAGGAAGAGCAGGAGUGUGUUAGCGGUGACACCAGGCGAUGAAACCAAGGAGCCUCCGGGAGUGCCCCUGUUCGGCAGCACCCCGGGGGUGGACCUUCGCCGGGGCCGCAGGCGUCACUCGGGCACGCUAAUGUUGCCCCCGUUGUCGUGGCGACAGGCGGAGAGGGAUCUGGGCCGCACGCCAGAGUAUGAUGCCAUGGCCCGACCCACCAGCCUGCCCUUCCAACCUCCGCCACGCAUCGACAUUACCCAUGUCGACCCAGACAGCUUCGAUGUGGAGAAUUCCCCGUCUGCAUGCUGCAGCCCGUCGGACCCCCAGGCGUCCCCGAGCUCCGGCCUGGUCCUGCACCCCAACACGGGGGGCCACGGGCAGCGGCGCGAGUCCUUCCUCUACCGCUCCGACUCGGACUACGACCUGUCGCCCAAGUCCCGCGAGUUGUCCCGCAACUCCUCGGUCGCUGGAGAACUGCAUGGGGAAGACCUGAUUGUGACUCCUUUUGCUCAGGUUCUUGCCAGUCUUCGCACAGUGAGGAACAACUUCACCACCUUGACCAGUGUACAAUGCACCUCCAAUAAGAGGUCACCAGCCGCCCCACAGCCUCCUGUAACCAGAGUCUCUCUGUCAGACGAGUCGUACCAGAAGCUGGCCAUGGAGACGAUGGAGGAGCUGGACUGGUGUCUGGACCAGCUGGAGACCAUCCAGACCUACCGUUCCGUCAGCGACAUGGCUUCCAACAAGUUCAAGAGGAUGUUGAACCGGGAGCUGACCCACCUGUCAGAGAUGAGUCGCUCCGGCAACCAGGUGUCAGAGUUCAUCUCCAACACCUUCCUUGACAAGCAGAAUGAGUUGGAGUUGCCGUGCCCUAUGGCCAAGACCAGGGAGAGGAAGAAGAGAACCCACCACCAGACCCAGCAGGGGGGUCAGACUCCGGGUCAAGGGACGAUGACCCAGAUCAGUGGGGUCAGGAAGGUCAGCCAAACCCCCGUGCCCCAAGGCUGCAGCGUCAGCCGCUUCGGGGUCAAAACAGACCAGGAGGACCUGCUGUCUAAGGACCUCGAGGACAUCAACAAGUGGGGUCUGAACAUCUUCAGGGUGGCCGAGCACUCCCACAACCGCCCGCUCACUUGCACCAUGUACACCAUCUUCCAGGAGCGAGACUUGAUGAAGACGUUCAAGAUCCCUGCGGACACAUUCGUGACCUUCAUGUUGACCCUGGAAGCGCACUACCACUCAGACGUAGAAUACCACAACAGCCUCCACGCUGCAGACGUGGCCCAGUCCACACACAUCCUGCUCGCCACACCCGCUCUGGACGCCGUCUUCACAGAUCUGGAGAUCUUGGCGGCCAUCUUUGCGGCAGCUAUCCAUGACGUGGACCAUCCUGGGGUCUCCAACCAGUUCCUCAUUAACACCAACUCAGAGCUAGCCCUGAUGUAUAACGACGAGUCGGUCCUGGAGAACCACCACCUGGCCGUGGGCUUCAAGCUGCUGCAGGAGGACAACUGUGACAUCUUCCAGAACCUGACCAAAAAACAACGCCAGUCCCUCAGGAGAAUGGUCAUAGACAUGGUACUGGCUACUGACAUGUCCAAACACAUGAGCCUACUGGCUGACCUGAAGACCAUGGUGGAGACCAAGAAGGUGACCAGCUCUGGAGUGUUGCUGCUGGACAACUACACAGACAAAAUACAGGUGAUGCGUAACAUGGUUCACUGCGCAGACCUGAGCAAUCCGACCAAGUCCCUGGACCUGUACCGCCAGUGGACCGACCGCAUCAUGAACGAGUUCUCCCACCAGGGAGACCGGGAGAGGGAGAGAGGCAUCGAGAUCAGCCCCAUGUGUGAUAAGCAUACGGCUUCAGUGGAGAAGAGCCAGGUGGGCUUCAUAGACUACAUCGUCCACCCUCUGUGGGAGACGUGGGCCGACCUGGUGCACCCUGACGCCCAGGAGAUCCUGGAUACCCUGGAAGACAACAGGAACUGGUACCAGAGCAUGAUCCCCCAGAGCCCCUCUCCCCCCUUCUGCACCGGAGACGGAGAGGGGGAGGGAGAGGGCGGAGAAGGAGGUCACAAGUUCCAGUUUGAGCUGACGCUAGAUGACGGACAGGAUGAGGAUGGACAGAUAGGAAGGGAGGAGGGCGAGAGGGGGACAGAAGGGGGACUGUCGCCAAUGGACCAGGGUGGAGUAGAGAUGGAGAUGCGUGGGGCUUCCCCCACAUAACAAGCCUUGACCGUGAUCUUUAUAAAAGCACCAGUUUUAGGCUGUGUUUGGCAUCUUGUUUUAUUGCAGUGGAGGAAUCCUGCAAUCUGGCUCUUUGGAGCUGCUCUGCUUGUGCGCGAGGGCCUGACUGACUUAGGGCCCCUGCAGAAGAGGGUGGGGGACCCCAACACUUGUUUUGGGAACCCUCAGAAAGAAGAUUAUGAUGAGUUGAAGAGAGUGAUGCCUUGAAGGAGUGCUGUUGAACUGCUGUGUGGCAGAAGUACCAUAUCUUGGUCCUUAGCCAGAUACUACGAUCUUUGCUCUGACAAAUAAAAUGAAGCUAAUUUACGCUAAGAGACAAUGGUGUUCAAUUGGGACAAGAUGAGACACUUGCACUUCAGAACGAUUGUUGUUCUUUGUGACUAUUUUCGGGUAUAUGUUCUGUUUUGUAACGGGAUUGGAUGGGAUGUUGCCGGGUAGCGUUCAAAGUUCAAGCUAGUGGUCCACAGGUAUUUAUAACACAGAAGGUUUACCCAUUUGUAACAGGUGUCUAAAGACUUUUGUGUGCCUUUUUUUAUGACCGUGUCUUUUGUAUGUCAUUUUCUAAUUUAUUUAACAGUUUUAAGUCGUUCUUAUAAAAUGUUUGUUUUCUACCCACAACUAAUCUAUUUGUCUCUCGAAUGAGAGGAAAAUUCUUCCGGUCUUCCUUAUGUCUUCUCAACAAUAGUGUAUUCCGAAUUGUGCUUUGUGGACUUUCCAAAAUCGUGGGACUUCCCAGCACAAGUUGCACUUUUUUUUUUUGCAAGGGUUGAGAGUUGUAAGGGUUGAGAGUUGUAAGGGUUGAGAGUUAGAACAGUGUUUCAACUAAAGAGUCAGGUUAUUCUUUCAACGCCCAACUCAACAAGUUAUCUCUUAAAUCUCAAGUCAAUAUUAACAAACGCCACAUAAGUUCGAUAUUCACAGCAAAGCUGUGGCAAACCUGCUCCUUUUUAUUUUACGUAUUUGCCUACCAUAAAGCAAUUAUCUCCAUCGUUCAAAUUUUCCCAGUGGGAAAAACCAAUGAAAGUCAAUGUAAACUAUCCUAACCAAUAAGCUCCAAAGAUGACCUGAUAAAAGCACUUUAACAGCCAGAUGGAACUCAGUCCAGAUGUUGUGCCACAUCUGAUUAGCACUUAAUUAAAUAUCUUAAUAUUCUUUCGCAAAAACAUUUAAUUUUGAGUAUCUUCCUUCCGUGAAUGGAAGUCCAGUAGAUGGAAUCUAAUUCAUGCACAGUAUUAAAGACAAUUAAGGCCCAUCAAAUUAACCAUUGAGUGGUUUCUUUCCAAAGAGAAAGAGAAAAAUCCCACGUCACAUGAUAUUUUGAAGCCCUAGACUAGCCUUGUGACGGUCAACCAAUGUCAAAAAACAAACCUCCAUACAACAAUAUUUGACAUCAGCUGAUGUUAUACUUUUGGUUGCCAGGUCCCUCUUGAGGUGUCCACCGCCAACAAACACAUCUCUCGAGGUUUGGCAGAAAUCACAGAGCAACAAACACAAUGAAACUAAGCCAAAAACAAAUAGCAUCUUUUUAAAAGUUGAUUCAAUGUUAAUUUAAUGUCACCUAAAAGGUCCCCUGUAGGAAGUGGAGAUACUGAAGUGAAAUGUUUAAAAAAUAAUUUAAAAAGCCACGAUUUCUGUCCAGCACUUUGACGAGCUGGAUAGCUCAGCACCUAAUUGCUCUCUGUCAACAAUACAUCUAAAUGGUACUGCCAUGGAAGCUGCACCACUCAGCUUCUACAGUGUGGGGAGAACAGCAUAACAUCACUAGAUGACAAUACUUCCCUUGUUGACUGUGUGUGUGUGUGUGUGUGUGUGUGUGUGUGUGUGUGUGUGUGUGUGUGUGUGUGUGUGUGUGUGUGUGUGUGUGUGUGUGUGUGUGUGUGUGUGUGUGUGUGUGUGUGUGUGUGUGUGUGUGUGUGUGUGUGUGUGUGUGUGUGUGUGUUUACGAGGAUAACUUAGCUGCACAAUCUCCUCGUCCAUGCACCUAGUCCUAUGUCAAUCCAUGAACUGUUUGAAACAGUGUAUUUAUGACUUUGAUCUGUAAAUAGAAUCAUAUUCACAAAAAGUAUGUUUGGUAUAAUUUAUAUGCACUUCCAUUACCUGUCAAAACAAGUGAAAUAUUUGUUAUAAUGUAUAAUACUCAAGUUUUUGCAGAUUUCCACAGAACAUUCUUAAACAUCUGUGUUACUUGGCAGAAAACUGAGGUGGUUGGCAGAAACGUAAUUCCUCGGUUUCCAUUGUUUUCCUGUUAUCUGGAGCCAUAUGAAGGCUGCAUUGAACCUAUAUGAUGUAUGGUGACGGGUCAUUGUACAGCUAGCUGUAUGUUUAUUGAAAUAUUACAUUGUUUAAGAUGUACCGAUAUUUCCCAUGUGUUUCUCAGAAGUCUCACACAAUGCAUGGUAAGGUAUUGUAUAUUGUGUUCAACAAAUCUUUUUUAUGAAAUUAUUAAAAUGAGCAUGAAUUUACACUAUG